UGCUCUCGAAGCAUUCAAUGUUCGUCGUGCUUCAGACUUCGGCAGUGGUGUUUGUGAAAAUUGUAUUGACCUUUAUUAUGAAUGCGGUCCCAAUUCAUGUAAAUAUGGUCAAACGUGUCUCGUUAAACAAAAUACUUGCAAGGCGUGUGGUGGAAUUUACUGUCUAAGCGAUGAAAAGAUUUAA